UCAUUCCAAAAUUAGAUAGAUCGAACAAUCCUAACCUCUCAUAACUGGUUAUUUGUUGAUUGAGUUUAAUCCAAUGGCUGUUUCUUAUUUCAAUCUUCACGCAUUAAAAAAAUAAAAUCAGUGUAAAUAUUCGGUUUAUGAUCCAUCUCGAUAGAGGCCCAUGAUUUGGACAGUUAUUUUGAGUUACUCCUACGAUCGUGUAUAACCAUCUUUGCGGCUGACAGCGUAUCAACUACUGUACUCCGUCAGAGUAUCCAAGUUGUUCCCUUCCCUCCUUUCUCCAUUUCAAAAAAUCCAAACGUCCACAGCCUCCCACCUCUCUCUCUCUCUCUCUCUCUCUCUCUCUCUCUCUCUCUCUCUCUCUCUCUGUGUGUGUGUCAGAGAUCGAUCGGACGAGGAUGGAGAAGUACGAGAAGCUGGAGAAGGUAGGAGAGGGAACGUAUGGGAAGGUGUACAAGGCCCAGGACAAAGCCACAGGACAGCUCGUUGCAUUGAAGAAGACUCGCCUCGAGAUGGACGAAGAAGGCGUCCCUCCGACCGCCCUCCGUGAGAUCUCCCUCCUCCAAUUGCUCUCCCACUGCCUCUACGUUGUCAGGUUGCUGUGCGUGGAGCAUGUCGACAAGAACGGGAAGCCGCUUCUGUAUCUGGUGUUUGAGUAUCUCGACACCGAUCUCAAGAAGUUCAUUGAUUCCCACCGCAAGGGACCCAAUCCGAGGCCCAUCUCUCCUUCCGUCAUUCAGAGCUUCCUGUAUCAGUUGUGCAAAGGAGUUGCUCAUUGUCACAGCCACGGAGUGCUACACAGAGAUCUGAAGCCUCAAAAUCUCCUGGUGGACACAGAGAAAGGCAUACUGAAGAUUGCAGAUCUUGGGCUUGGAAGAGCCUUCACAGUCCCUCUCAAGAGCUACACUCAUGAGAUUGUUACACUUUGGUACAGAGCCCCCGAGGUGUUGUUGGGAUCUACACAUUACUCAACCGGAGUGGACAUGUGGUCUGUUGGAUGUAUAUUCGCGGAAAUGGUAAGAAGGCAAGCUUUAUUUCCAGGUGACUCAGAGCUGCAGCAACUGCUUCACAUCUUCAGGUUGCUGGGAACUCCAACUGAAGAACAGUGGCCGGGAGUAAGCUCUCUGAGGGAUUGGCAUGAAUAUCCACAAUGGAAGCCUCAGAAUUUGGCACGUUUAGUUCCAACAUUAGAACCUGAGGGCAUCGACCUCUUAUCGAAGAUGCUUCAAUAUGAUCCUGCGGAGAGGAUUUCAGCAAAAGCAGCACUGGAUCAUCCUUAUUUUGACAGCCUCGACAAGUCACAGUUCUGACCCUUGCUUCCACAGAUGAUUCAUCAAUAACAGAAUUGUGGAGAUGCCAUUUGCUCUGUUAUCAUUUGUAAUCUGUGUAUGAUGGUAAGUUUGGUAACUUAGGUUGCCAUUGUCGUCUAGGUAAACUUUAUAAGGUGAGUUGCAGCUUUAUCUCAUAUCGUGAGCUUUCUUAUAUUUUUAAGUGUCCAUCUUCUUGUUAUUUUAAAAAAAUAUGAUCCCCUAUGAUAGGCAUCCGUAUGAA